AUGAGAAAAGUUUGUGUACAUUGUAAAUGUGAACGCACUGAUCACGAUGUUGGCCAAUCGAGAAGUUUGAGUGUUUAUGAAAGACUUGGAAUCGAACCGCCAGCAUCAAUGGCAAAACUCAGUGGUUCUAUAGGUCGUAGUAAUGAUGCGCCUGGAAGCGUUGGUCACGGGUAUUCAUGGGUGCCACCAGGUUUAUCGAGAAGAAAGAUCGAGGAAUAUAUGGCGCAAUUACCGAAUAACGUAGUUCCACGAAUAAAUAGUAUAGGCGAGAAAUAUCGCGAGAAACAACUUAUGAUUCAGUUGCCUAGACAAGAUUUAUCGGUGGCUUAUUGUAAGCAUUUAUUGAAUAGCGUCGAAAGGAAAGUAUUCGAGGAAUUCAUUAACGCUCGUAAUGAGAUCGCUCUUGAUAUUGGUUUCGUUUGUCCGAAUAUACACAUGCAAAUGGAAUGUAGAAAAUGCAGUGGAAUACUUGAAAAAAAUGAAAUGGCUGUUAUGGCUCCAAAACUUGGGGAUCAAUGUGGAUGGCAUCCGGCAUGCUUCACAUGCAAUACGUGUGAGCAGUUACUUAUCGAUUUAACCUAUUGCGUAAAAGAUGGAUUAUUGUACUGUGAACGACAUUACGCUGAAUUACAUAAACCACGUUGUAAUUCAUGUGAUGAGGUUGAUUUCUUCAAAUUAUUUACUUUACUUUAUUAUUUUUUAUUGAGAUAA